GUCUGCGACACUUUCGUUCGGCAAUUUUAAAAUGGCGUAAUUUGAAUAAAAACAAUGCGCACUACACGACGUAUUGUGGAAAUUCGAGAAUUUUGUUGAAUUAAUUACACCGACAACUGUAAAUCUUGCCAUACGAUGACGGUGUGCAACUUUUGGAUGCAAGGCCGUUGUCGAUAUGGCGACAAGUGUUGGAAUGAGCACCCGAGAGGAGGCGGAGGCGGUACAGGAGGUAGAAGUGGCGGCGGUGGAGAAUACAACAGCCGUCCACCCCAGCAGUCCAACAGAGGAGGAGGGGGCAGUGGAGGAGGAUUUGGGAACAGAGUUUGGGUAAACCCGGCCCAGAAGUCUGGAGGAAACUAUGUCCAGCCUUCUUCCUUCUCCCAGAUUCAGGUUGGGGAUGUCUGGGACCGCGGAGGAAAUGAAGGGGGUGGAGGAGAAAACAGCUGGGGCCGUGGGGGUGGAGGAAGAGACAACCAAGUCAAGAGUUCCAACUUCAGUUUCGCUGCCUCCUCUCCAAACCAAAACAGAUUCUCUGUCCUGAGUCCCCAGAGAAGCUUUGACAAGGCUGGGAGAGGAGGGGCAGGGGAUGACAAUGAGAAACACCUGGAGACCAUUCAGAAGGACAUGGAGAUCUGGGAGACAUCGGGCCAGUGGGUGCUGUCCUGUUACUCUGUCCUCAAGGCCACCAUCUCAGGGUUUACCGAGCUCUGCCCCGAGGAGCUGAGACUGGAGUAUUAUAACACCAAGGCCUCUGGAGACCUGCAGGGUUAUGCCAGUGCAGUCAAUCAGCUGGUCAACCAGUGGAGGAGCAGAGUCCAAGAGUUGAGGGCUAUGAACGGACCGACUCGAGCAGCUAUGCUUGCAGAGCUGGACAACCCUGCCCCUCAGGCAGCUUCUGGGAGUUUCGGGUCAACACCUGUGACCGGCUUUGGGUCCUCAGCACCAACUGUCUUUGAAAUAGAUAGCAGAGCUCCGACCCCAGCCCAGAACACCACGAGCACCUUCAGCUUCGCCGCCCCGACUACAGGAGUCUUCGUUUCUGCUUCUCCCCAGCCUGCUCCGACCAGUUUCAGUAGUGCUGGUGUGCCUGCUUUCGGUGCUACAGCCUCUACUUCCGCCCCUUCAGCGGCAGGGUUCUCCUUUGCGGCCCCAGCUGUCAGCAAGGACUCGUCUACGACCGGUUUUGGAGCUUCUAGUUUGGGAGCUUCUGUUUCUGCUUCAGGGUUUAGCUUCGCCUCGACUGCCACAAGUGGAGCAGGAGGAUUUGGGGGGGGGGGGUUUGCGGGUGCAGCGCCGGUAGCUGUGAGUGGUUUUGGAAAGGCAAGCGGAGGGUUUGGCUUUAUGGCAGUGGAGACGGCUGUGACUGGGGGGGCAGUGGGCGGUCUCUUCACCCCUCAGAGCGAGUUGACUGCAGAUGAGCUGAAGGAGUUUGAGAGCAAGAGGUUCACCCUGGGGCAGAUCCCCCUGAGGCCUCCACCGGCUGGGAUGCUGGUGGUGUGAACACCUCACAUGGACCCCGCUAACUGCAUAAGAAGGCCUGAGGUGUGAAGCUCUGUUGAAAGUAAACUUGGUUGACUCAUAGUGUGUGUUCCUUAAUAGUCUGAACAGACACUCACCCACCAGAUGGUAGUUUGGUUUUGGUGAUAUAUCUCUGUGUAGAACAGACAAAUAUGUACUUUUGUCUGUUCUAGAACGUUCUGUUAAAAUGUGUUGUUUAGUACACAUUGUUCCAGAACGUAUCAAAUGUUAAAGCAAAAUGAACUUCUCUAGUGAAGAAACAGCUGGACUGGUGAAAGUAAAUAACCCAAUUUUCUCACAUUUACCACAUCUUGCAAAUUUCUUAAUGAGACAAUCACUGAUCCAACAAGGCUUCUUUAUGCUCAUUAAAGUAAUUGGUCAGGCUUUACCAUUUCAGGUUUUGGUCCUCUUUGCUCUUGGAUUAAACAUGUUUUAAUUAUUAAACAUACUGUGUCAUGUUACAACCAAGAAUUGACUGACGCCAUGUAAGGUUCAAAUGUUGCCUUUAAAUUGUGGGGUCGCAACCCCUUUCAGCAACUCCUCUGGCUGCCACUAGUCUCAAUUACACAUUUCCUCUAUCAUCACACCUUCUCAGCCGCUGAUUAAAAACGUUUUCUUCAGUAUCUCAUUUAAAGGACUGCUGGGAUUUAAAACCUUGCCUUAUUUAAAUGAUAAGAAGUUUAGUUCAACUGCAUGAAAUAGCUUGUAAGGAAAAUGUAAGUGGUGUAAAAAAGAAGGGCCAAUUCUUAAUAACACUUAGGCAUUAUCUACUAUUCGGAUAAGAUUUGUGGGGGGGCAUCUAACCCCAUGAGGGGGCAUCUUACCCCAGUAGCUGGACAUUUUUUCCCUUUCCUAAAUUUUUUU